UCAUGCCCUACUUAUUGUGGUCUUCUACCAAUGAAAUUGAUUUGAAUUGAAAAUAAAUAUGAACAAUUUUAACAGAAAUAACAUUAAAGUAUAUUUCUAAAAAAAGUAAACAUAAAAAAUAUUUAUUCAAUUACUUAUAUUAUCAAGCACAUAAAAUUAAUUUCAUUUUUCCCUAUCCCGGUUAUCUCAUGUGAUGUUGCUCCCAAUUUUUUUUUGUCAAAUAACAAAAUAUUAAUAUUUUUUAAGUCGGCGGAAAUGGGCUUAUAAUUUAUAAAUUGCCAUUUAAUUCCCUCGCCUCCGUUUCUUUAGUCUCGUUCUCGCACGACUUGUAAAAUGGAAGAACCGACCGUUGCUUCUCGGCAAGGCCAGGAAGCUCGGGAACGGAAGCCGAAUCCCUCGAAUCAGGAAGGAGCGGAACCCAUUGCCGCUGCCGCUAAUGCCUCCGAUAACAAGAGGAAGCCUGACAAUGGCGGAUUCCACAACUCCGAGUACGUCAAGGUUCGCGCUAUCGUCAAAGAGCUCCGCCCCUUCUUCAUGGAGGUUUUGCAUACUCCGGACUUCAGAGAGAGCAAAGCAGCUUAUGAAAUAAAGAAAAGGAUGAAGACCAUGAUAGAAUUGACAAAACAAUUGAUUGAAUCUGCAUCUACGCUGAAGCCUUCUAAAGUUCAUGAGCAACCAUUGCAUGGAGCAGCUAUUAAGGAGGAGAAUGCGGAGAAGAAAGUGGAGGUAAAUAAGCAGAUAACGCAGACACAGCAAAGUGAAAUUCUAGCUGCGUCAGGCAAUUCAAGAAUUGUUACAAAACAGAAGGUAGAAUCGAAGGUAGGAAAACUUGGCACAGAAGGGGCUUCAAGAGGAACUUUUGUGGUGGGGGGGUCACCACUUGGUUGGAACUUUCUUCUCUACCCUGGACCCAAACUGGUUUACUAUGGCAGAACAAAAGCAAGCGUGCUUGCCAGCCGUGCUUCCAAGUAAAACGGUUCUGCUUGCUUGUUAUGUUUCCUCAAUAUCUUUUUGUGAGCAUUUUUUGGUAUCAAUAUUAGAAAAAUAGAAAUUUAGUAUUGAUAUUUCAUGUAGUUAUAUUUUGAUUGGAA